GCCAAAAAAAACUACACUUCACGACGACCCUCCGAAUCGAAACAUAUCUGAUCCCCCAAUCCGAUCCACCACAUCUCACAACACACCUGCCUACCUACGUACUGUACCUGCCUGCUUGCCUAGACCCCAACCUCGCCGUGCGGGGAGAUAAGUGAGGGGGGGAAGAAAAAAAUGCAACCAACAAACCUCCUCCACCGCGCAAUCCGUCGCCUCCAGCUAACCACGAAGCAAGUCAACGGCGGCUACUACAAGGGCACCCGCUCGGGGGCAAUGGGUCGACACACCAAGCACGGACAGUACAUUAUCAACUGGGAUAAGGUCAGGACUUAUGUCGUUCCCGACUUGAAGGGUUUUGUGUUGACGCCGUUCGUCACGAGAAAGAUGGAGCCUACGCGCGGGGAGUUUCCGGGGAGUAGUCCGUUGGAUGGGAAGGCUUAUUUGGAGAAUUGGAAGAUGGUUAAUGGGGAGGAUUAG